UAGAGAAUUUUUGGAUGAGGAGAAAAUCAAACACGGCCCCUCAACAAGUUUAACACCUUCUACCAUAGAGAAGUUGAUUAAUGUGCACUUUCCUGAUUGGUUGGAACAAAAGGUUAUACUUGAUGCUGGUUCAGGGAUCACUGAAAAGAUUAGAGCAUUGGCUGGAAAACCGAGCAAAUGUGGUGUGCGGUACAGUGGUUAUAUUGUUAAUGGUUUCAGGUUCCACACAAUGAGUCGUGAUGCUGGGCGCUUGACACAAAACAGUGGCAUAGUGAAUAUUGCAGAAGAUGGAGUUAACUAUUAUGGCAGACUAUCAGAUAUAAUAGAAUUAUCGUACAUAGAAUACAAGGUAGUGCUUUUUAAAUGUGACUGGUAUGAUGUCCAUCACCGUGUUGGUUUACAAAAAGAUGAUUUUGGAUUCACUCUUGUGAAUUUCUCUCGAAAAAUACAUACUGGAAAAAAGAUGGAGCAUGAUCCAUUUGUAUUUUCUUCACAAGUGGAGCAAGUUUUCUAUGUUGAAGACCCGAAAGCUAAAGGAUGGAAUGUGGUGGUGAGAGUAAAGCCACGAGAUCUUUUUGACAUGGGUGAUGAACUAUCAUCAGAUGGAACAGAUUAAAUGAGCCUGUGCUUUUAGUUCCUUUUAGGCUCCUAGAAUGAAUAAUUUGAGCAUUUUUCUUUUGAUUUGGCAAAGAAUUUCAGCAUGUUAAAGACAUGCAUG